CCGGGCCGCAGGCGGCGGCGGCGGCAGCAGCAGCGCAGGGCUCAUGUAAUCAAAGGAGUUUCUUUGUUGUGUGUAUCUUUUCAGAACACAACAGGAAUUCAAAAUGAAUCAGAACACAACUGAAUCUACUGUUGUUGUGGAGACCUUAGAUGAUGUACCUGAGCAUGUGCUUAGGGGACUUCCUGAGGACGUGAGGCUCUUCCCAUCUGCGGUUGACAAGACACGGCUUGGUGUCUGGGCAACAAAAUCAAUUUUAAAAGGCAAGAAGUUUGGACCAUUUGUUGGUGACAAGAAGAAAAGAUCUCAAGUGAAGAGCAAUGUUUACAUGUGGGAGGUGUAUUACCCCAACCUGGGCUGGAUGUGUGUCGAUGCAACUGACCCAGCCAAAGGCAACUGGCUGCGCUAUAUAAACUGGGCACGCUCGGGCAAGGAGCAAAACCUCUUUCCUCUGGAGAUCAACAGGACCAUCUACUACAAAAGUUUAAAGCCAAUCGCGCCCGGCGAGGAGCUGUUGGUGUGGUACAAUGGGGAGGACGACCCGGAGAUAGCCGCCGCUAUUGAGGAAGAGCGAGCCAGCGCCCGGAGCCGGCGGCACUCCCCGAAAGCCAAGAAAGGAAAGAAAAAGACUCAGGAAAGUAAAAACAAGGGAAAGAAGGCAGCUGAUACGAAACAGAAAAAGGCUGAUUUGGAUUCUACUCCUGCAGAUAUGAGGGAUGCUAAAGAGGGUCAUAAAGAGGAAGAUGAAACACCUUCUGUUUCUGCUGUACUGUCCCUGGAGCAAACAGCUGUGAUUCAGGAGAUGGUAAAUCAGGAUGUACUUCCAAAGCUGAUGAUCCCCAGUCCUACCAGUGAACCACAAAUAGUGACUGAAGACAAGCAAGGAGAAAUAAUAAACUGUGCAUCAGAUGAUUUAGAUGAUGAUGAAGAGGAGGAUGAUGAAGAGGAAGAAGACGAAGAGGAAGUAGAAGAUCCCAAUAUGCCUAAAGAAAACGCUGAAAUGCCUUUGAUAUGUGAAGAAAAGUUAGAGUCUGUGGAGGAGCAGAAGAGUCUGUCAGAAGAAUCUCCAGAAAGCUCUCCAAAGAAAAAGCUUGUUGUGAAAAUUCCAAAAGCUAGAGGCGAAUCCAACGGUGAUGUUCAGGAAACAUUCAUGUUUCCCUGUCAGCACUGUGAGAGGAAGUUCACAACCAAGCAAGGCCUGGAACGCCACAUGCACAUCCACAUAUCUACUAUCAACCACGCGUUCAAGUGUCGGUACUGCGGGAAAGCCUUCGGCACUCAAAUCAACAGGCGAAGGCACGAGCGACGCCACGAGUCAGGGCUGAAAAGGAAACCCUUCCUAACACUAACAUCAUCACAACACUUGGAUAAUGUUGGUGAUAACCAAAUAAUUGUGGAUGAUGGUCUUAAAGAUGAGCUGAACGUUUCAAGUCUUGUGCAAGACUCUGUUGUCUUGGAUUCGGAGAAAGUUUCCCAGGAGUUGUCCAACUCUGCUUUUGCUGAGGAGAAUAAGGAGCCCAAAGAAUUGCAUCCCUGCAAAUACUGCAAAAAGGUUUUUGGAACUCACACCAACAUGAGGAGGCACCAGCGCAGGGUUCAUGAACGCCAUCUUAUUCCCAAAGGUGUCAGGAGAAAAGGAUUCUUCACCGAAGAGCCACCGCUUCAGAUAGAGCAGGCCCCGCCGGUCCAGAGCGUGUACAUAGCAAGCACGGAGAUAGAAGAGGAAGGAGAAGUAGAUGAUGUCUAUAUUAUGGAUAUUUCCAGCAAUAUCUCUGAAAAUUUAAAUUAUUACAUUGAUGGUAAAAUUCAGUCCAACAGCAGCACUAGCAACUGUGAUGUGAUUCAGAUGGAGUCCAACUCUGCAGACUUGUAUGGGCUAAAUUGUAUAAUCAGCCCAGUCACGGUGGAAAUUGCCCCAAAUUUAAAGGUCACGCCAACACACGUGAAUGAACCUCCUAAGGAACCCUCCAGCAGUGGGAGCAAUGAAUCCAAAAAGAGGAGAACUGCCAGCCCACCUCUUGUACCAAAAAUAAAAACUGAAAUAGACCCGGAACCUAUAACUCCUACUAGUUCUUUAAAUCUUCCUCUUAGCAUUUCAACAGAAAGCUUGCCUUUCAACAAAGAGAAAGGGGUUUAUUUGUCAUCCAAAUUAAAACAGCUUCUUCAGACGCAGGACAGUAAGAAGAUAACUCCAUCAAGUGAAAUCCCUAAACUAGGGCCUUCUGUUACAUCAUCACCCAUUUUGCCUCCAGUAUCAGGUAGAUUUAAAAGAAGGACCAGCUCUCCUCCCAGCUCUCCACAGCACAGCCCAGUACUUCGAGACUUCAAAUCAGGUGAGGGAAAAACUGUCUGGAAUGAUAAUAUUCGGAGUUCAAAAAUGCCAAAGUUAGAAAGCCACAGCAACUCACCUGCUUGGAGCUUGACUGGACGGGAGGAGAAAGAGCCUCCAAGCCCUCAUUGUUUUGAAGACUACAAAAUCUCCAAAGAUUGGACAGCAGCUCCAGCUUUUGGCAGUGUGUGCAACCAGCAGCCGCUGGAUUUAUCCAGUGGUGUGAAACAAAGGUCUGACGUCAAAAACAAGAAUCAGGUUCCCUGGGAAUCUGUCUUAGAUCUAAGUGUGCAUAAGAAGCCUGGCAGCGAUGCUGACAUUAGGGACUAUAAAGAAAAUUCCAUACAGCCAACCUGUAGUGGUGUUAAAAAGAAGAAACCAACCACCUGCAUGUUACAGAAGGUCCUGCUCAAUGAGUAUAACGGGACAGAUGCAGCCACGGACAGCACGCUCGGUGUGAACGCGAGCGCGAGUCCGAGCAAAGCCCUGGAGCCUCAGGCAGAACCUGAUGUGGAUCCCAGUUUGUCAGCAUCAUCGUCUGUUGACACUCAGCCCCUCAGUUCCUCUGCUUCCCCUGUGCCACAGGCAUCUGCUGUACCUCCCGUGUGCCAGCUGCCUCCUUUGUUAACACCAACCAAUCCUCCUUCCCCUCCGCCCUGCCCGCCUGUGCUAACAGUUGCUACAUCGCCGCCUCCCCUACUUCCACCGAUGCCCUUACCGACUCCAGAUGUCUCUGCCAGCGCCACUAACACUUCGUCCUGUCCAUCACCACUUUCUAACACUACCACCCAGUCCCCUCUACCAGUUCUUUCACCUACAGUUUCUCCUUCUCCGUCCCCUGUUCCUUCUGUUGAACCUCUUAUUUCUGCCGCUUCACCUGGUCCGCCCACCCUCUCUUCCUCAUCUUCCUCCUCCUCCUCUUCUUCCUCUUUCUCCUCCUCUUCAUCUUCAUCAUCCCCAUCUCCACCACCCCUUUCUGUGGUUUCUUCUGUCGUUUCCUCUGCUGAUAAUCUUGAAAAUACUCUCCCGAUGAUCAAACAGGAGGAAGCUGAAACUGAGCAGCAGAAAGCGCGAGAAGAUCCUCACACUUCAAGCGAAUCGGGAGGAGUAGUGCAGGAAACGUUCAACAAAAGCUUUGUGUGCAAUGUCUGCGAAUCACCUUUCCUUUCCAUUAAAGACCUAACCAAGCAUUUAUCCAUUCAUGCUGAAGAAUGGCCCUUCAAAUGUGAAUUCUGUGUACAGCUUUUUAGGGAUAAAACAGACUUGUCGGAACACCGCUUUCUGCUUCACGGAGUAGGAAAUAUCUUUGUUUGCUCGGUCUGUAAAAAGGAGUUUGCUUUUUUGUGCAAUUUGCAGCAGCAUCAGCGAGAUCUCCAUCCAGACAAAGAGUGCACACAUCACGAGUUUGAAAGUGGGACUUUGAGACCCCAGAAUUUUACUGACCCCAGUAAGGCCAACGCGGAGCACAUGCAGAGCCUGCCGGAGGAUUCUUUGGAACCUUCUAAAGAGGAGGAGGAUGAAGAUCUAAAUGAUUCCUCUGAGGAGCUUUAUACUACUAUAAAAAUAAUGGCAUCUGGAGUAAAAUCUAAAGAUCCAGAUGUUCGUAUGGGCCUCAACCAACACUACCCGAGCUUUAAACCACCUCCAUUUCAGUAUCACCAUCGUAAUCCUAUGGGUAUUGGGGUUACUGCCACAAACUUCACUACCCACAAUAUUCCCCAGACUUUUACCACUGCCAUUCGAUGCACAAAAUGUGGGAAGAGCGUGGAUAACAUGCCUGAGUUACACAAACACAUCCUGGCCUGUGCUUCUGCCAGUGAUAAAAAGAGAUACACCCCUAAAAAAAAUCCAGUGCCGCUGAAACAGACAGUGCAGCCUAAGAAUGGCAUGGUGGUUCUAGCUGGCCCUGGAAAGAACGCCUUCAGACGAAUGGGUCAGCCUAAAAGACUGAAUUUUAACGUUGAGAUUAGCAAAAUGUCCUCAAAUAAACUAAAAAUAAGUGCAUUGAAAAAGAAAAACCAGCUCGUCCAGAAAGCUAUCUUGCAAAAAAAGAAAUCUGCCCAGCAGAAGGCAGAGCUGAAAAAUCAUCCAUCCGAGUCAGACUCUCACAUCUGCCCCUACUGUAACAGAGAGUUUACUUACAUUGGGAGCUUGAACAAGCACGCCUCGUACAGCUGUCCCAAAAAACCCAUCUCUCCCUCCUCUAAAAAGAACUCCAAAAAAAGUGCAAACUCUUCCCCUGCAAGCAGCGAGAAAGGCAGCAACCAGCGCAGGCGAACGGCGGAUGCAGAAAUCAAAAUGCAGAGCAUGCAGCCUCACUUGGGCAAGACCAGGGCACGAACCUCAGGACCUGCACAAAUCCAGCUCCCCUCUGCGUCCUUCAGAUCCAAACAGAACGUUAAAUUUGGGCCUUCCAUGCGAUCCAAAAAGCCAAACUCUUCGUCCCUGAGGAACUCUAGUCCUGUAAGAGUGUCCAAAAUGUCCCACGUUGAGGGGAAAAAGGCUAAGAUGGUGGCUAAGAACAGUUCCGCUGGCAUCUCCAGCAAAGCCUCCCGGAAACUGCACGUCAGGAUACAAAGGAAUAAUAAAGCUGUUUUGCCAAGCAAGUCUGCUGUGGCAAGUAAGAAAAAGGCAGACAGGUUCGCUGUGAAGUCCAGAGAGAGGAUUGGGGGACCUAUCACACGGAGCCUCCAGCAGGCAGCAAACGCAGAGGCAGCAGAAAACAAAAGAGAUGAAAGCAGUGCAAAGCAAGAACUAAAAGAUUUCAGUUACAGGCUCCGCAUGGCCUCUAGAUGUCCCUCCUCCUCCUCGCCGCCCGCCAGCACCAAGCAAUGCAAGAAAUCCACCUGCAGUGCAGCCCACGUCUGCAAGGAUUAGACCCUGCUGCGUGCCCCACAAAUGCAGGCUAGGUGAGAACAGUUCCUCAGCACAGCGAUUUCUUCUGCUGGACCAACGGUGUGCUUCUGUCAUGUCCUUCCUUUCAGAGGGAGAGAACAGAGCAGGGCUCCUGCCUUCUCCAGAGUGUGAACUGUGGAUGCUGGUGAGAGGGUGAUCUCAGUGUCCCCUGCCACAUGGAGCCCACACCUCAACAGCCAGUGGAAUGGCAUGGAGAAAUGUUCUGAGAUCUGCAGGCAGAUGAACUGUGUUCAGAGAGGUGAUGGCUCUGGGUGAGCCUCCUUUGCUGGGGGAAUGCAGAGGGGGUUCACAUACUAUGCAACUCAGUUAGGAAAAGACUGUCACAGCCUUUUGAUUUCUCCUUUGCAUCCUGACGGGUAAGGAACUGGGCAGCCCACAGCACUCCCCUGAAGGGAGCGGCAGGUUUUGCUGGGGCUUCCACAGCCGAUGCCUGUGGGUGCCCCAAUCUCUUGACUUUGUACCAGUAGCUUUAACAGGCAUGAUGCCAUUGCUUUCAGAGCACAUCAGGACCCAUAAGCUUUUGGGAAGGCCACCUGUUAGGUGAUCUCUGUGAAGUGCAUUGAGAACCCAGUUUCACGAAGGGCCAAGCCUCCUUUUCUCAAGAGCUGCCAUUACUUUUUGUUGCCAGCUAGGUGACUCAUUCUAGGCAGGAUUUAUUUAGUGAGAGCAUCAAACACAUCUUGCUGUUGCAGUAUCUGGCAGCACUUGUCCUUAAAGGUGGAUCUUGUGUUUGCAGCCCUCAGUACAAGCCUCUUCAGCUUCAGUGAUCCUGUAGAGAGGGAAUCUAGCAAAGACAAGUUGUAGAAACACCCAGGUCAGCUGGUAACACACAGUGCAAAAAGGUCUCUUACCUCUUGCUCCAAAAUGGUGACAAUCACUCACAGAUACAUCCUCUGGCAGGGAUGAGCUUCUGGCCCCUGCAGCUUUCACCUCAGAGGAGAAGGGUUCCUCCUGUCUGGACAGGUUUUUGCAGGAUCCCUGCUAAGGUAGUGCCUGGUUUGGAGAUUUCUCAAGGAGGUAAAGGGGACUGCUUGCCCUAGUUCCCCCUUAUUUCAAUCAAACAUUCCUCCCCUUGCCUUUGCACUCCACACAGAUGGGCACACAUCUGUGUUUGCACAUGCUAGUGAAGAAAAAACAAGUCCACAGUCAGUAUUCCUUCCCACCACCCUGGGCAAGUCAAAACAAGGAUCAAUUUUAUAUGUAUCAUCAUAAAUAUAGGACUCAUAUAUUGUUAGUAUGAAAUUACUGAGAACAGUUCAUUUCCCCUAGUUUUGAUUGGAACCAAGUGGUUAAAAACGAAGACAAAUGCUUUAAAUGAGAAACACUGGGUUUGGUCACAGUAAAAAUAUUUUAGCUACACACAGUUUGAGUGGGGAAGGAAAAAAUCUUUGGGAUCUUCUACUAUCUAGCUACAGAUUUUUUGGAUAACUCCCUGUUGGAGGCUUUCUAAGUGCAAUUGUGGUCUGGGGGAAGGCUGAGAUGCUGAGGACUAGAUGAGCCAUGAAAAGCUACAUCCCCUCCCAUGCUGGAAAUGAUGCUUCCACUUCAAGACUGUGAGACCAUUGAGACACAGGCUUUGUGGGGAGAGCUGAGACUAUGCUGGCUGCUCUGUCCCUUUCCUAGAGUGGAGAGUCUCUAGGAUUUGUCCCCUCUUGAGCUUUCUGCUAGCAAUAAUCUCCUCUUGAAAUGUGUGAUGUAUGAAUUCCAAACAAAGUCUGAAAUGUUUCACAGCAGCCUUGGAAGUCUGAGAUUCUCAUUAUUGAUGAAAAGCAGUCAGAAGUGAGGAUCCAGAUCUGCUGGGCAGCUUGGUUAAUCUUAGUCACACAGCACAGGACUCACAUUUCUGGCCUUACCUACAUCUCAAAGCAGCUGAUGUGCACACACAGCUCUCUCACCAGUCUGGGUCACGUUAGUUUUGCACAUUUCCUUUGCUUUUUCUUUUCAUAGGAUCACAGAAUGCACUGGGUGGGAAGGGACCCUUGAAAGCCAUCUUGUCCAACCGCCCCUGCACUCAGCAGGGACACCUCCAACUAGCUCAGGCUGCCCAGAGCCACUUCAGCUGAUCUUGAAUGUCUCCAGGGACGGGGCCUCAACCACCUCCCUGGGCAACCUGUUCCAGCGUCUCACCAAUCUCCUUAUGCAGACCUUCCUCCUGAUGUCCAACCUAAACCUCCCCUGCUCCAGUUUCAGACCAUUGCUCCUCAUCCUGUCCUCAAAGGCCCUUCUGAACAGUCCCUCCCCAGCCUUCCUGUAGGUCCCCUUCAGAUAUUGGAAUGCAGCUCUCCCUGGAGCCUUCUCUUCUCCAGGCUGAACAACCCCAAUUCUUUCAGCCUGCCCUCUGCUCUCUUGAGGAUUGUUGCUGAGGAGCUUUCCUGCCACACAGCCCAAAUCCUGCUUUAAACAACCAGUUCUCCACAGGCCCCCUCAGCUACCAAGAAGAGGAAUUAAAUGAAGUGCAAAGUUUCUGGCAGUGAUGCUGCUGAGUUUUCAGUGCCUUUAAGGCAUACCAAUGAGGUUAUGAGAGGUCACUUGUGUGCAAUUUAUUUUUGCUGCCUUUUGAUUGUUGUUUUGGUUGGGUUUGGUUUUGUUUUUAGGGUGGUAUUAAGUAUAAUAACUGCCAAACUCAAGGAGGGAAGUGUGUAAAUUGUUGUGAUAUAUGAACAUGGGGUUGUUUUUUUCUUCCCCUGGAGGAGUUCUGGUUUCUCACAGAAAGCUGUAAAUAUGUAUUUAGAGUUUUAAAGGCAUGCCUUUAUGUCCCUGGGUGUAAAUGCUCUGGUUUUUAAAACUUUUAUAACAUGUCUUGCUCAACUGAGAGACCACAGCACAUAGCUUUAUAUUGUAUUGGUCUAUUGGAAGGGUCCAUUAUGGUCUAAGCUGUGGCAGUGACAAGAGAUAACCAAUGGUUGCACCAAACACUUCAUCUGACUUUCCCUCAGACAACAAAUGCAGGA